GACAAGGCGUAGGCGGAGCGAGGGCGGAGCUGGGCCCGACCUGGGGCGGGGCCUCGCCGUGGGCGGGUCUUUGUCGAGUUCCGGAGUCGAGUCGCUGGCUGUCUUAACCAGAGUGGAGAUGCAGCCGCCGCCCCGAAAAGUUAAGCCCGCCCAGGAGGUGAAGCUUCGCUUUCUGGAGCAACUGAGCAUCCUUCAGACCCGGCAGCAGAAGGAGGCCGAUCUGCUGGAGGACAUCAGAUCUUACAGCAAGCAGAGGGCAGCCAUUGAACGGGAGUAUGGGCAGGCACUCCAGAAACUGGCUGGGCCAUUCCUGAAGAGGGAAGGGCAACGCAGUGGGGACAUGGAUAGCAGGACAGUGUUUGGUGCCUGGCGCUGCUUGCUGGAUGCCACCGUGGCUGGGGGCCAAACCCGGCUCCAGGCGUCUGAUCGAUACCGUGACCUAGCGGGGGGCACAGGGCGGAGUGCCAAGGAGCAGGUGCUUAGGAAGGGAACAGAGAGUCUGCAGAGGGCGCAGGCAGAGGUGCUGCAGUCUGUCCGGGAACUGAGCCGAAGUCGGAAGCUGUAUGGGCAACGGGAGCGUGUAUGGGCUUUGGCACAGGAGAAAGCAGCUGAUGUCCAGGCCAGGCUGAACCGAAGUGACCAUGGGAUCUUCCACUCUCGGACCAGUCUCCAGAAACUAAGUUCUAAGCUGUCGGCCCAAUCAGUCCAGUACUCCCAGCAGCUGAGAGCAGCCCGCAAUGAGUACCUGCUCAACUUGGUGGCCACCAAUGCCCACCUUGACCACUACUACCAGGAGGAACUGCCAGCUCUGCUCAAGGCCCUCGUCAGCGAGUUGUCAGAACACUUGAGGGACCCUCUGAACUUACUGAGCCGUACUGAGCUGGAAGCUGCAGAGAUGGUCUUGGAGCAUGCCCGCCUUGCAGGGCAGGCAACCUCCCAGGUAAACUGGGAGCAGGAUGUGAAGCUGUUUCUUCAGGAGCCUGGAGUCUUUUCCCCUACCCCACCUCAGCAAUUUCAGCCAGCAGGGGCUGAUCAGGUGUGUGCCCUGGAGAGGGGAACAGGAGGUAUGGCUGGGGAGAGCGGCCUAGAGAAAGAGAUCCAGCGCUGGACAAGCCGAGCCGCCCGAGACUAUAAGAUCCAACACCAUGGGCAUUGGGUACUGCAGCGACUGGAGCAGAGGCGGCAGCAGGCUCCAGAGCGUGAGGCCCCAGGCAUAGAACAGCGACUACAGGAAGUGAGGGACAGCAUCCGUCGGGCACAGGUGAGCCAGGUGAAGGGGGCUGCUCGGCUGGCCCUGCUGCAGGGGGCUGGCCUAGAUGUGCAGCACUGGCUCAAGCCAGCCAUGACCCAGGCCCAAGAUGAGGUGGAGCAGGAGCGACGGCUCAGUGAGGCUCGGCUGUCCCAGAGAGACCUCUCCCCAACGGCUGAGGAUGCUGAGCUUUCUGACUUUGAUGAAUGCGAGGAGGCAGGGGAGCUCUUUGAGGAGCCUGCCCCACCGGCCCUAGCCACCAGGCCCUUCCCCUGCCCUGCACAUGUGGUGUUUGGCUAUCAGGCAGGGCAUGAGGAUGAGCUGACCAUCACGGAGGGUGAAUGGCUGGAGGUCAUAGAGGAGGGAGAUGCUGAUGAAUGGGUCAAGGCUCGGAACCAGCAUGGUGAGGUGGGCUUUGUCCCUGAGCGGUAUCUCAACUUCCCGGAUCUCUCCCUUCCUGAGAGUGGCCGUGACAGUGACAUUCCCUUGGGUGUAGAGCCCACAGCAUUUCUCGCCCGCGCACUAUAUAGCUACACGGGACAGAGUGAAGAGGAGCUGAGCUUCCCAGAAGGGGCACUUAUCCGCCUGUUACCCCGGGCCCAAGAUGGAGUAGAUGAUGGCUUCUGGAGGGGAGAAUUUGGGGGCCAUGUUGGAGUCUUUCCCUCCCUGUUGGUGGAGGAGCUGCUUGGUCCUCCAGGGCCACCUGAACUCUGUGAUCCUGAACAGACACUGCCAUCCCCUUCUCCUCCCAGUUUCUCCCCACCUGCACCCACCUCUGCCUUGGAUGGACCUUCUGCACCUGUCCUGCCUGGAGAUAAAGCUCUGGACAGCUCUGGACCCUUAGACUUGAUGGCACCUCGACUCAGGCCGAUGCGUCCGCCACCUCCCCCGCCGGCUAAAGCUCCAGAUCCUGGCCAUCCAGAUUCCCUCACUUGAAGCUGGGGUAUCACUGCCCCCAAGCAAUGAUGCUGCCCUAUCUCCAUGAUGUCAGAGACCACCCCUCAAUGAUCCACAGCCACACAGCCAAAAGCUGGAAUCUUUCCCACAUCUACUUUCAUCUCCAGGGUUAGAAACUUCCCCUCUCCCCAUUUUUGGGGCAAGAAUCCAUUUCUCCAGUUGUCCUCCUGCCAUCUUUAGGGCUGUAACUACCCCUUCAUUUGCCAUUGCCCCAUCUCUACGGUGGUGAAAUACCCUGAAAUCUUGGGGCUAAAUCUCAUUCCCGAAGUCCUGACUGGCUCUGGUCCAUCUCAUCUCCACCCUGGCUCUGUAGCCCACCCCACUUUGGAUGCCAGGGUCACUUGGGUUGGAGCCGGGACAGGAGCUAGCCUUGGGAGUCAGAAGGAGCCAGUAUGCGAAGCAGCUGUAAUGGUCUGAGCGGAUUUAUUGACAGUGAAUAAAGGGCACGAAGGCCAAGCCAGGGCCUGGACCUCUUUUGCCAAGAGGGCAGGGAGCCUAAGGUGCUAUUGCUUUCGGGCCCCACCAAAGGCAGGAACCUGGUCCCAGCUGCCACGCUCUAUCAAUAUGGAGCGAGGUGUUGGGGAAGGCAGGCAGGGGAAGGGAAGGAAACCGAGGGUCCACGAGUGGAGGGACUUUUCCCAAGUUCCCUCAGCCUGAGACCGUGCAACUCCAGGUGAAAGUAGAGCUGGUCCCUCAACUGGGAGCAGUGCUGUCCAGUGAAGGGGAGGGCCUUCAUGCCCACCUACUCCCUGACCCUGCCAGCUGGUGGUCCAUCAGCACAAUGAAGAAUGAGGCUUGGAGAAGAGGAAGGGGAAGAGUUGCUUCCUGUUUAAGCUGUGUCCUAGCUUUUCCCCAGGGGCAGCCCAUCCUUCCCUGUUCUCUGGAGCACAUACCCACUCCCUACCACCAGCCAAGGAAUUUGUAGCAAGCACAGGCUUAGCCUAGAGCUCACCCUGGAGUUUCAGGAGAUGAUGGGCUAAGUAAUUUAGGUAGGGGGUGGGAGGACAAGAUUAUCUGAUUUGGGGUUCAAACUCACCUCACAUACCCCCUGCUCCCUGUGGUGGAGACACCUGAGAGAAAGGGGAGACAUCAACAAUGGGAACAGGAGGUGAUUCAUAUCAUUGCUCUCCAGAGUAAGGGGCAAUAAAACUGAGCCCAGUGCAGCCCUGGCCGCAUCUUCAUA